UCCCCAAGCCCUCUACCCCCGAUGUUUUCUUUCCUGGCGCUCCGACCUCACUCUCCCUUCCCCCUUUCCUUUCCCUCCCCCCACCGCCUCCUCCCCAAACCCUCCCUCUUCUCCGCCCUCUCCGCAUCCCUAACCCUAACCCUAGAUCCCGACGACCGGCCACUGCACUACGGCCCCUCCCUCCGCCGCGGCCGGAGGCCCUCCCCGGCGUCGCCCCCCUCCCGGGGCUCCGGGGACGGACCGUUGAUCGACAGGGCGAGCUUCGCUCGCGUCUUCGAUGUGCCCGCCCUCCGGGUGCCGGUGGAGGAGUGUGCCGCCCUUGAGAGCCGCCUCCGCGGCCACCUCCUCAACUGGCCCCGCGUCCGGAACGUCGCGCGGGUCCCCGGCGACGAUAUGGAGCCGGAGUUCAAGAGGAUUAUGAGGGACUCCGAGGGGGACGGUGGAGAUCGGCUCCGUUCCCUGGCACGGCGGGUGGAUGGGGGAUCCGACGGCGAGGAGGUGGUUGCCCUGAGCCCGGUGAUGUACAGGGACAAGCUCGCCAAAGAUUUCAACUGGCGCGGUUUUGUUAGGUUUAGGAAUUUGGCGAAGAUCUCGCGGCCGAAGAAGAAGAAGAAGAAGAAGAAGCGGGACGGGGAGGGGGAGGGGAUUGAAGCGAAGAAGAGGAUGGAAAAGAGUGAGUCUUCUUUCUUGGAGUUGGUCGAAGAAGGUGGAGGAGAUGGAGAAGAGGAGGAUGAUAUGAGGGGUUUGCUAGGAGCAGACUUCCAUGCUGGGAGAUGGAGAGGUCCAACUCGGUUGCUGCUGUUAGAUGAGCGGUAUGCAAACAAGGGCAUCGAUGAGCUCCCAGAGGCCGUCAAGGUUGUGUUACUAGAUGAUAGUCAGGAAUGCAUGGCUUCAAUAUAUGAGCUUGUGCAAUGCCGUUUGACAUUAUUUUAUAACUAUUGGCAGAUGAACGAGCUUUUGGAGGUCUUGCUUCCUGAGAAUAUGGUUGUUCCAACAGGUUUUGAAACAGUUGGGCAUAUUGCACACUUGAAUUUGCUAGAAGAGCACUUGCCCUACAAGAAACUUAUUGCUCAGGUAGUCUUGGAUAAGAACAAGCCAAAGAUACAAACAGUUGUUAACAAGAUUGAUGCUAUUCAAAAUGAAUACAGAACGAUGCAACUUGAAGUAUUGGCUGGCAACCAUUCUCUUGUUACUACAAUUGUUGAGAAUGGCAUACGUUUUCAAGUUGAUUUAGCAACAGUUUACUGGAAUUCCAGAUUGGCAACUGAAAGACAAAGGCUUGUUAGUGGCUUUACAAGCUCUGAUGUGGUUUGUGACGUCUUCUCUGGUGUUGGUCCAAUAGCUAUUUUUGCGGCAAAGAAAGUGAAGCAUGUAUAUGCUAAUGAUUUAAACCCCAUUGCUGUAGAAUAUCUUGAAAGAAACAUUGUCCUUAACAAGCUUGAGAGAAAAAUUGAGGUUUUUAACAUGGAGGGCAGGAGGUUCAUUGGUUCUAUAUUUGCUAACCAACGGCCUUAUUCUAUUACACAAGUGGUUAUGAAUUUGCCUAAUGAUGCUGCUGAGUUCCUUGAUGCAUUCAGAGGCAUCUUCGGGAAGAGACGAGGGGAGAAUGGUGACGCAUUGCCUAAGAUUCAUCUCUAUGGAUUCUCCAAGGCCCAAAAUCCAGAGUAUGACUUUCAUGAGCGGAUAAACAUGGCACUUUGCGAGACGGUAGCCAAUGUAGAAAUGCAUAGAGUCCGGCUUGUUGCACCUGGGAAAUGGAUGCUCUGUGCAUCAUUUACUUUACCACAAACUGUUGCAUUUUGCAAAGCAAACUGGUCAUUAGAGUAGAUUGUUGUACAUUGGUGCCCUUCUAUAAUGAUAUAUCCUUGUUUUCACAAGAAAGGUGCAGAUAAGUUGCAUGCAGACUUUUCUCCUGCGGAGUUGCAUGUCUGAAAUAAUCACGGUACAAUUCCUGGAAUUCCUAUACAUUGCUUGAAUAAUUAGACCCAGAACCAACCUCCUGAAGGCUCACCAACUUGUAAAAAGGCAAGGAGAUGACGAUGGAAGACGGGAAAUGGCAGAGGGUUUUUUUCCCCUCCAGCUAACAAGAAAAUUAUGCAGGGUUCUUUUUUAUAGAUGUGAAGAGCACAGCUUCGUACUCGCUUGUAAGAAGAGGCUUUGAGCUGAGUGUAAAAUAAUAUUUGGCAUCAAUGACUUGAAUUUAUGACAGUUACUAAUAUGAUAUUAAUUGGUCA